AUGGCGACCAGAUCUACGUCGUCAAAAAAUGCCGUUUCACCAAGAAAUGGAACAGGGUACUUUUUCGCCAUCAUCUUUACCGCACUGUCCCUUCUUGCGGUCUACAUGCUCCGAAUCGCCUCCAUAAAGUCAGGCGUCGCUGACAAAAUGGAACACAUCACCACAAUCAACCACUUCACCGAACAUCCGCUGCCCCUUCGCACCACGUAUACCGGUAUAGCAGCUGUAGACAAAGGCCUCUCCUUUCUUGUUGCAGCCUUCAUGAACGGUGCUGCGGGAUGGGAUAAGGGAUUCUUCGUAUUUAUGAUGUAUUUUCUGUUCUCGUUUUUUUCGAUCCUGGCUAUCUGGGCGAUUGAGAGUUGCAGAGAGAGGAACGGGCUUGCUUUGACGAGAUUUACCACCGUAUAUGCUUUAUUCUACCAAACGGUCGGGGGAGCGAUCAUAGUCCCGAUCUAUUACCUGGCAUACCUCUACGAUACAUCUUCAAGCAAUUACUGGACCAAGUCACGACACGUCUCAUUGCCAUACGCCAAGGCAUUACUCCCAUCACUGGUCAUUGGAUACUUGAUCCCCACGGCCCUGAUGUUCCUGCCUUACUCGGCGCCCGAUCUGUGGACGACACAGGCUAUGGUGGCUCUCUGGCAGCCUUGUCCCGGGUACGUCGACGCGCUACUCUGGUUAUUAUCAAAAGUUUAUUCCCACGCCGGUUCUUCUCAAGGCCACGCCGCCGCCGCCGCCCAACAAGCGAAGCACGAGAAAGCUUCUUCCACCCAAGAAGCCGACGACGUGAGAUAUCUCAAUACAGUCUACACGGUCUCCUUCGCCGUCGCCGCUCUUUCCCAUGUGGCAGUCGUCCUGACGUGUCUCUUCUCCUCCGACUCACAGCACUCAUUCGAACACAUGUUCCUCCCCCCCUCGGCGGGAGAGGUACAGCUCUCGUUGGUCCAGGGCAUCCACGGCAUCUUCCAGGCGGACUUUUGGAUCAUCUUCGCGGCCUCCGCGGUGUGGGCUUACCUGGCGAUUUGGGAUCUGAAAAGGGUGGGAUUAAAGAAGGACAUCAAUCUGGGGACGGCGCUGGUGGGGUUGGUGCUAGGAUGUGUGGCCUUGGGCCCUGCUGCAACGAUCACCUUGGUUUGGUGGUGGAGAGAAGGUGUUAUGGUCAAAGGGGGGCGAGCAUAG